AUGGCCGCACUCAAGAGCGGUGCACUCUCCCGCGACCCCAAGCCUCCUGCCGCCGCGCCCUCUGCCCUUGCUCGCGUCAUGCGCGAGUUUGAGGAACUCGUCCAGAGCUUCGAGGCAGGCCUGCUGCGCUCGCUCGAGGACAACGACUCGCCCCCCCACACCCUUGGCCUCAGGGACGCCUCCACGGACCGCGUCCGCCGUGAGGCCUGCAGGCUCGCCAUCUCGGAUCUCAGCAACAAAUACACGCCCACAUACAUUCGCCGGUCGCUCAACGCGGCUGAAUUGGAGGGCAAGCGUGUCGAGGACCAGCUGCAAAAUCUCUCGCUCAGCGGCAACGCCCCCAGCGACGCCGACGACGACGACGACGACAAUCGCCUGGGCUGCUUGUACAAUGGCUACUUUCGUCUCUACUCGACCGAGCUUUUUGACCUCCUAGGGCAACCCGCCUAUCUGCGCUUCGGCACCCUGCGCUUCCACAACAACAACAACAACAACAGCAACAGCAGCAGCAGCAGCAGCAACCCUGCUGGGCAUGACUCGGACACUUGCUCGCAAGACCCGUCCCAGUCGUCCCGAGUGUCCGUCGAGCUCGCCCUCAACGACUCCUUUUUCGUCGCCGACUCGGAAGAGACGCUGCCAUACCACACAUUCCGCCUCCCCACCGGGCCCUCUCUCCAGAACCGCGGCAUACUCAGCAGAAAGCCCGAGGACGACGGUGCGCUCCCCGAAUACGACUCGUGGCUGCUCUUCACCUUUCUCGGCAACGGCUGCAUCAAGCUCGAGGUGCCUAUUGAAAUGUGCGCAGACAUAUACGGGGGCCGUCUCCAAGGUUGCGAAAAUGAAGAAGUGCUUUUCUGGGGUUUCUUCGUUGACGACGACGACGAGUAG